AUGGCGGCCGCGGGCGGGCGGGCACUGCUGCCCCCGCUGGGCCCGCUCUGGGCGCGGCUGCGGCACCGGCCCGGGCCCCACGCCCCGUUCCACGCUGCCGCCGCCGCCCCUUCACAGCCGCUCUACGAUGUGGUGGUGUCGGGUGGGGGUAUGGUCGGAAGCGCCAUGGCCGCCGCCCUGGGGCAUGAUAUCCACUUCCAUGAUAAGAAGAUUGCUUUGCUGGAGGCUGGUCCCAGGAAAGAAUAUGAUCACAUGCCAGAUAGUUACAGUAACAGGGUCAGUUCCAUCUCCCCAGGAUCAGCAACCCUCCUAAGCAGUUUUGGUGCCUGGGAUCAUGUCUGCAGCCUGAGACACAAACCAUUCCGGCGAAUGCAGGUGUGGGAUGCUUGUUCUGAAGCCAUGAUUGUUUUUGAGAAAGAUGACUUAGAUGACAUGGGUUACAUAGUGGAGAAUGAUGUCAUUAUGUCUGCUCUCACAAAACAGUUAGAUGCAGUAGCAGACCGGGUGGAGGUUUUCUACAGGAGCAGAGCAGUUGGGUAUACGUGGCCCCUUCCCUCCCACAGCUGUGACACAAGCCCUUGGGUCCAAAUUGAGUUAGCUGAUGGACGCAGACUUCAGACCAAGCUGCUGAUUGGUGCAGAUGGUCAUAACUCUGUAGUCCGGAGGGAAGCUGGAAUUAAGAACAUUGAGCAUCAGUAUGACCAAUCAGCUGUGGUGGCAACUCUCCAUUUAUCUGAGGCCACAGACAACAAUGUAGCGUGGCAGAGGUUCCUUCCCAGUGGGCCAAUUGCACUUCUUCCGCUGUCUGAUACUGCCAGCUCUCUGGUCUGGUCUACAUCUCAUGAACAUGCAUCGGAACUUCUUGCUAUGGAUGAGGAAAGUUUUGUGGAUAGCAUCAACUCUGCCUUUUGGAGCAACAUAAACCACUCUGACUUCAUUGACACUGCUGGGGCCAUGUUUCGAUCUGCUAUUUCACUCCUGAAGCCCUCAGGGACUGCAGUCCGUCAGCUGCCCCCAAGUGUUGCUAAAGUAGAUCCAGAGAGCCGAGCCAUGUUCCCUCUUGGAAUGGGGCACGCAACAGAGUAUGUCCAGCAUCGCGUGGCUCUUAUUGGGGAUGCAGCACACAGAGUCCACCCACUUGCAGGACAAGGUGUAAACCUGGGCUUUGGUGAUAUUGCAUGUUUAGCUCAUCACCUCAGUGCAGCAGCCUUCAACGGGAGUGAUCUGGGCUCCUUAAAACAUCUCCUGAAGUUUGAAACAGAACGUCAGAGGCACAAUGUCUCCUUGAUAGCUGCUACUGAUUUGCUAAAGAGGCUCUACUCCACAAGGCUGGCUCCCCUGGUGUUGCUGAGGACAUGGGGAUUGCAAGCAACGAAUGCCCUGCCUCCUGUCAAAGAGCAAAUCAUGGCUUUUGCCAGCAAGUGAUCUGUUGUCAGUCUGGAACAGCUUGCCCGUGAAUGCAUUGCCCUUAAAAGGACUGUGACUGACUUGAAUCACUGAAUUGUGUUAUUUUAUAAUUUAACAAUAAAACUGAGGGAUUGAGCUGUGCGUUACAUC